GAUGAAACCAAAGCUUCCAGGCUGUCCCUGGUAGGCUCAGACAGUCCAAAGGCAGCAGAGGGAAGGAGAGAAAAACCUGAGAUGGAGAGCUGGCCGAGAGCUUCCUGAAGACCAUGCAAAUGAGGCACGCCCACAACUGCCUGGAAACCAGGCAGGGAGAAGUCAGAGCCCAGAGCACAUGCUGCAGGGCCGUGCUAGGCAAAGGAGCAGGAGGAGGUGGAGGAGGCGCUGAGGGAGCAGGACGUCUCCUGCCAGACCUCCCAGUGUCUGGUCUGAGGAUGGCGGAGAAGCAGGGCCGGGAGCCUGAGUGCCCUGUGUGCUGGAACCCCUUCAACAACACGUUCCACACCCCCAAAGUGCUGGACUGCUGCCACUCCUUCUGCGUGGAGUGCCUGGCCCACCUCAGCCUGGUGACUCCGGCCCGGCGCCGGUUGCUGUGUCCGCUCUGUCGCCAGCCCACUGUGCUGGCCUCCGGACAGCCUGUCACUGACUUGCCCACGGACACUGCCGUGCUCACCCUGCUCCGCCUGGAGCCCCACCACAUCAUCUUGGAAGGCCGCCAGCUCUGUCUCAAGGACGAGCCCAAGAGCCGCUACUUCCUGCACCAGCCCCGGGUCUACACGCUGGAACUCGGCCCCGGGCCUGGGAGCCAGACUGGGCGGCCCCAGGAUGUGGCCCCUACCACCAUCCCCAUCCCCAGCCCCAGCCACGACUCUCUGAGGGGGUGUUUCCGCAACCCGCAGUUCCGGAUCUUUGCCUACCUGCUGGCUGUCAUCCUCAGUGUCACUCUGUUGCUCAUCUUCUCCAUCUUUUGGACCAAGCAGUUUUUUGGGGGUGUGGGGUGAGCAUCUGUUCCAGACAAAGAACCAAGCCUUUCUUGGCUGCUGCUGGGUAUAAGGACUGCAGAGCCUCAUUUGGGAUUGUCUUCCUUUGUAGUAUUGUUCUUUUUUACAAUCCAGGGAUCGGCUAGGCUGUGCAUCUGCUUCUGGGAACAAAGAGAGUCCUACUAUAAUGAGAACCUCUGAAAGCGAAUGGAAAAAGAUACAGACAGCUCUGGGUGUGAACCACGGAUCAUGGAAGGGCCGAGAAGCAGAUCUGUGAUGACAGGGCUACGUAGCAUGUUGUACCAAAGGGCUGGGCGAUGGCAUCCAGGAACCUGACCCACUCAGACAGCAAGCUGCAUUUCUUACUGGAGCUGCUUUGAACUCAGUUCACAUUUUUUGGAGUUGCUCUUUCUAUUAUUUGUUGCUAAAAAAUUUGGAGAGUGAACUUCAAUUGUGAGCAAAUGUGUUUGUCUUUCCCUUUCAGUUUUCUCUUUGGAUGUUUUGCCACUAGUCCCAGUAAAAAUGG